GGCGGGCGAUGGCCGGACAUGGCGCUGGCGGCCCCGGCGCUGCGGCGCUAUUUGCUGCUGCUGGCGCAGGAGCACCUCGAGUUCCGCCUGCCGGAAAUAACAUCGUUGCUCUCUCUUUAUGGUGGACAGUUCUGUGGUGAGCAGGAAAUUCGUGUAAAUUCUCCCUUUUGGAUUCUCAAUAUUCCUUCAGAAGAGAUGGCAAGGGGACUGAUGAAGCGGACAGUAUGUGCAAAGUCUAUAUUUGAGCUGUGGGGCCAUGGAGGAUCAGCAGGGGAGCUCUAUGCAUCUUUGAAGAACUAUCCAACAGACAAGAUGCUUCCAUAUCUACAGUCAGACUCUACUUACAAAGUACAUAUUCAUACAUUUAAUAAAACACUGACCCAAGCACAGAAAAUAAAAAAGAUUGAUGCCCUUGAAUUUCUGCCAUUCAAAGGAAAAGUGAAUUUAAAGAAUCCAGAACACAUCUUUUGGAUUUUGGAAGAUUAUGGAAUGAACCCAAAUGAUGUUCCAGAAGAGCCCAUUCAUCUGUAUUUUGGUAGAUGGAUUGCAGAUGGCCAAAGAGAACUCAUUGAAUCCUACAGUGUAAAGAAGAGACAUUUUAUUGGAAAUACGAGCAUGGAUGCCUGCCUCUCUUUCAUCAUGGCAAACCAUGGGAGAGUAAAACCCAAUGACAUUGUAUAUGAUCCAUUUGUUGGAACAGGUGGCCUUCUAAUCUCCUCAGCACAUUUUGGGGCAUAUGUGUGUGGUACUGAUAUAGAUUACAACACAAUCCAUGGAUUAGGAAAGGCAAGCAGAAAGAACCAGAAAUGGAGAGGGCCAGAUGAAAAUAUCAGAGCUAAUCUCCGACAGUAUGGUUUAGAGAAAUACUACCUCGAUGCACUCGUUGCUGAUUCUUCAAGACCAAUAUGGAGAAAAGGGAUGUUGUUUGAUGCAAUCAUUACAGACCCACCAUAUGGUAUCAGAGAAGCUCCUCGCAGAAUGGGAUCACAAAAGGAAACAGUUAAGUCAGUUGAAAGAAGUGCAGAAAAUCACUUCUUCGUUUCAUCCAGUUACCAUCUGAGUGACAUCUUUUUUGACCUCUUGAAGUUUGGGGCAGAGUAUCUGGUGAUGGGAGGAAGAUUGGUGUACUGGCUGCCCAUAUACAGGCCUGAAUACACAGAAGAGAUCAUUCCCCGCCAUCCAUGCCUGAAACUUAUUAGCAACUGCGAGCAGAUGCUUUCCAGCCACACAUCAAGGCGCCUCAUAACCAUGGAAAAGGUGAAAGAAUUCAAGGAUCAAGAUGAGAAAUCUUACUUGCUGGAUGGUCAGUAUAUGCCGUACAGGGGACACAAUUCUUUCCGUGAGAAGUAUUUCAGUGGUGUGACAAAGAGGAUUGCCAAGGAAGAAAAGGACAAUCAGAAGUAAAAUAUUAUAUAAACAGAUAAAAAAAUGACAAAAGAAUGAAGACCAUGUUUCUUUGUAAGAACAUCUGGAUAUGAAUAUUCAUUUGGAUGCUUCAGAAAAAUAAAUACUGCUUUUAAUUUUAAAGCAAGAUGAAACCCACAACCCAGGUUGGGAGCAGUUCUUUUUAAUUAGCUUUGUUUAUGGCAGAUUUUAUUGUACGAGUUGAGUCUUAUUUAAUUUAUCUUUGUACUUUCAAGUGCUAAUGAUGAUUGACUAAAACCAUUAUUAUUGUUCUUUCACCAUUAACGUUUACAAGAAAGUAGUCAUAUUAUUUGGCUUCUUAAACUGUGAACAUCUGGCUGUUUUAAAAACACGUGGUGGUGAUCAAGGAUUGCUGAUUAAGAAGAUAAUUUCCAUUUGUUUUGGUUUUUUUGUAAAUGGUGUACAAUAAACCAAGGUUGGCGUGAGGUUUUUUUAAUUGUUGCAUGCAGUAAUUGCUCAUAUGAAUUCCACUUGCUCUGGCUGAGGUCACAAGUGUUUAAAACAAACAACAAACAUAAAGAAACAACUGGGCUCAUGCACACCCUGCAAAAAGAAAAGCCUCUGUGACCUGACAAACUCUGGAGAGCUUAUUAAACCCUGUGAAGCCUGUCCACAUCUGAAGCUCAUCUGUACCUUGGAUUUGCUUUUGCAUUCCUAAACCUUGACUCUUGGUCAAGCCAACUGUCUGCAAUUUUUGGUUCAGAAAUCGAUAGUUAAACCAGUAACAACAACAGCAUAAAAUCAGUAAUGGUUCCCUAAUGGUAUUAAGCCUAAUCAAAUCUUUGAAACCAAAGCUAUAUUUGUUAAAGGGCAAACUUUGCUGAAUCCACACCACGUCCAUCAUGAAAAUACCUCAUUUGAAAACCACUAAGCCCAUUAAUUCAGGAUGUUAAUGGCUCUUCUCAUUUUGGUGGUCAAAUAUGGUCACAUAUUCCUCUUGGUCUGCAUUCACCAAGCAGGGCCUUGGUAAAUGCAUCUGUGCUCUAGCCAGAGGAACCCUGCUUCUCAGUUUGCUCCAGGUCACUGACUGUGGUCGUGUUAAUGUCUUUGGAGAUCAUAAUUUUUAAGUGCCUCUCCAAGGAAGGCACAGGUCAUUGUGUGUAUCUCAUAGAGUUCGUUAACUGAAUUUGCUCUUCUGUGUAUUGUGGCCCUCAGCUGCAGCAGGAAAGCUUACAAACUCAAUGACAACAUAGUUUGGCCUUCUGGCUCUAAUCUGUGGUGUGUUAAAAAGUUCUGAAAUUGUGAUUUAUUUUCUGUGUUUCCAUUAUAAAUCACUUUGUUUUGACACUUUUAAUGUCAGCCGUAUAAUAGUUGUUCUGGACUCAACUUGGAGCAAGUUCAAAGCUCAGAAAAUUUUUCAAAAGCAGAAUUUGAAUUGAUCAUUUUCAAAUAUUACAUCAAAAACAUACUACUUCUGAAAACCUGUCUGCAUUUCAGCAUUACAAUUUGGCAUUCAGCUUUUAUUACUUAACAAAUUACAAUUAAUUUCCAUUCUUCAUAGGCAAGGGAUUUUUCUAGAUGUAUUUAUUAUACAUUUAUAACUCCAUUUUCCUGAAAGUUACCUUACACAUGAUCUAAGUGGUUAUACAAGAGGUGAGGUAGUGGCACGUUUGGCUCUGCCUAUUCAAUGAAAAUUAUUUAGUUCAUUUCUCCUUUGCCUUGUCCAAUUUCUAGUCCCUUCAGCAGUGGUGGUGUGGCUUUAGUUUAGCAGCCCAUACAUACUAGCUCUGUCAUUUCUGAAGGAUACCGUUUUGAACAGAAACUGUCAGUGUAUUUGGGGUACUGCAUCAACACUGGCUAAUCAGAAAUCCUUCAGAAUUGAAAUCAGAUGUUCAGUCUCUGCUGAUCCCCAACUUUAAAGCUGUCCCUUGGAAAUGCUCCUCAUCUUUAAAUUUCUCCUUGCUUAGUGUGCACGCUCCAGCCUAUUGUGCGUGCAGACUUCCAGAGCACAGGCGUUUAUAGAUCUAGAGCUGUGACACAGUCCUGGCGCUCUCCCUGGCGCAGGGCUGCUGGGCAGCUGAGUUAUCCUUUCGGCAGGGUUUGGCCGUCGGUGGCCGCGGCUUCUGGCACUUCCCUUCCCUCUGGUUCCAUUCAGUCUCUUUCCGUGAGGUUCCAGCUUCCUGUCCCUGGCGGGGAGCGUCAGUUCAUGAGCCCGCGCUGAACUCAUGCCGUUGUCAUUCUCUCCUUUGGGGUGGUUUGUGCCAUUUGCCAGUUUUUAAAAAUAAAUGUUAUUUUUGGAGUACUGUGUUGUGCUGCGGCAAAUUGGAUGGAGGGAGGAGCUGAAAGCGGCUGCGAGGUUGUACGGGCAGAAUGCGUCUCUUUGCUAUAGAGAGCAAUUGGUUGAGGCAACAAAGAGAAAGAGCCCCCUCUUUUUACAGGGUCCCUUUACCUGGUGGUGGUGUUCUGGCUGCAAGCCUCCAACAUAUCCAUGGGAAGACAAAGGGGAAAUGUAGUGAAAAUAGAUUUUCUGUGCAUUUACUGUGUACCCUACCUGCCAUCUCUCUCUAAUCCAUUUUAUAAUUCAUGGCCAAUGUGACCGAGUUUAACAGAAGGUCAAGGUUUGAUGAUGUCUUACAGAUAACGGAGCUACACUUUUGUUCAAAUAGGCAGAGGGAGUGAAGAAAAAGACAAUCUCUUCCAAGGAAAAAGCUGUAGUAUUAAGUUCAACUCUCGUUAAAUAUCAGAGAACCCACAUGGAAACAAGACUUGGACAAAAGCUACAACCAAUUUUUUUUGUUUCUGCUACUACAACCAGUGCUGGCUCUGCUGCUUCUUGAUCUUCUCAUUAGAACAAAGAGACAUGCAAAAAAGCUUUCUUAGUAGGAACACAAGGGUCUUGGCUGAACUUCCCACUUCUACUGAAGCUGUGAGGCAAACUCACAGAAACUCAGACUCAGUAGUUUCUCCUUAUCACUGAGAGGAGUCAAGCAGAUGUGUCAGCUUGGUGAACUUCCCAAAGACAGUGCAGCUCUCCCUGUAAACCAUCCUAAGAAACUGGUGUCUGUUAAUGGGAUGACAUCUCCCUUCCAGUAGAGAGGCAAUGUACCCUCACUGGACAUGGGCUUUCCAACAGCAACUCUUGAUGGUUGGUUUUGGUGGACCCUUUAUUCCUCUCUUCCUGUUCUAGAGGCCUUAAAGGCUGUGGUGGAAGUCUUUAACAGUUCAGUGUCUCUUUCUAUUAGACUCAGCUUUGUGACUUAACAAGGUCACACAUGUUCAUACGCACCGGAGCUGCCAGAAGGCAGUCAAAUUUUUGUGAGUUCUCAGUCAAGGCUCACCUGUCCAAAAUUACUGAAAAUUGGUGCUAGGAAG